AGCCGGCGCGGGUCACGUGAGCGGAAGAUGGCGGCCCCGGCAGGCGGCGGCGGCCCCGCGGUGUCGGUGCUGGCCCCUAAUGGGCGGCGCCACACGGUGAAGGUGACCCCGAGCACCGUGCUGCUGCAGGUGACAGUGUGCCAGCAAGUGUCUGCAGGGAGGAGCCCCCAGGGUGGGGUGCAGGGGCCGUGAGCCCCCGAGGAGCUCAGCCUGCCUCCCGGGCGCCACAGGACCCUCAGGGAGAGGAGGGUUCUGGAGGAAACGUGCCGGCGACAAGACUUCAACCCCAGUGAAUAUGACCUGAAGUUUCAGAGGAACGUGCUUGACCUCUCUCUCCAAUGGAGGUUUGCCAACCUACCCAACAAUGCCAAGCUGGAGAUGGUGCCCAUCUCCCGGAGCCGUGAGGGGCCUGAGAACAUGUAUCUUUCAGGUCCUAGAGAUGUAGCGGACAGCAGCAGUGUCACUGCGGACAGACACACAGACCCAGUGGCUGCAGUGACAGUUGCCGCUCCUGUGUGCCCCUGCCAGGCCCUUUGCUUAGUCCGCGUUGCUCUGCAGCUCGAGGAUGGCUCAAGGUUGCAAGAUGCUUUCUGUUCGGGCCAGACGCUCUGGGAGCUUCUCUGCCAUUUUGCACAGACCAGGGAGUUCCUGGAGCAGCCGUGCGAGGCGAGCCCAGUCUGCGUGUACAUGAGGGCUGAGGUGACAGGCAGAGCCGCCUUGCAGGGCACGACACUGCAGUCACUGGGCCUCACUGGGGGCAGCGCCAUCAUCAGGUUUGCCAUGAGGCGAUGUGACUCUGCUGGCAAGCAGGAGCCUGGGGUCCCCCGGAUGAAAACCCCGGGCGACCCAAUGGCCUCAGUGUCAGCUGACCAGGCAACCAGCAGCCCCCUGUUGCUGCUGGACCCAGCGGGGCUCCACCAGGGUGAUGUGAGCCACCAGGACGAGGUGGGCACCUCGGGGACCAGCUGUGCGGAUGGCCAGGCCCCAAAGCUGGUGAACACCCAGACGAAGCCGAUCUCCAAGGAGCCUGCCCCAGCCUCCUUUGUUCCUUUCUCGGGUGGGGGACAGCGCCUGGGGGGGCCCUCUGGGUCUGCGAGGUCUCUGAUGUCACCUUCAGCCAAAUUGCCCAAGACCUUCUCCAGCCCCGGAGGCCCCUCGAAGCCGAAGAAGUCGAGGCCUGGCCAGGAGCUGGAGCGGGAGCAGGAGCUGGCAGCUCCAUGGGCCCCGUGGGGGCACCCCCCAUGGAGACAGGAAGUGAGCAUGGGAGCUGCUGGGGGCGGCUGGCCUGUGGAGCUGCCACUGACCUUCCCAACCCCUGGCAGUGAGGGGAAUGUGGGGCCCGCCGAGCUGAGACCCCAGGGCCAUGUCUUGCUGCCGGUUGCCCGAGACCCUGUGGUGUGCCACCCUGACCUAGAAGAGGGGCUCCAGGCCUGGCCUGCAGAUCUGCCUGACGAGUUCUUUGAACUGACUGUGGAUGAUGUGAGAAGACGCCUGGCCCAGCUCAGGAGUGAGCGGAAGUGCCUGGAGGAAGCCCCCUUAGUGACCAAGGCCUUCAGGGAGGCUCAGAUGAAGGAGAAGCUGGAGCGAUACCCCAAGGUGGUCCUGAGGGUCCUGUUCCCUGACCGCUACAUACUACAGGGCUUCUUCCGCCCCAGUGAGACAGUGGGGGAUCUGCGGGACUUCGUACGGAGCCACCUCGGGAACCCUGGGCUGCCGUUCCACCUGUUCGUUGCUCCUCCUAAAGCCAUCCUGGAUGACCAAGCACUGACCCUCUUUCAGGCAGGCCUCUUCCCUGCUGCCCUUGUGCACUUCGGAGCUGAGGAGCCGGCAGGCCUCUACCUGGAGCCCGGGCUGCUAGCACACACGGUCUCCCCAUCCGAGGCUGACAUGCUUGUGGCCAGGUGCAUGUCCAGGGCUGCUGGGACCCCACCCCUGCUGCCAGCUCCUGACCCUGUGCCCCUUGAGUUGGAGCCACCUACUGAGGAGGGGGCAGUGGGGUCCCCUGAGCCCAGCCCUGGGGUGGCGCAGCCCGUGAGGAGGGAUCUAGGCAAGGUGCCCAAGUGGCUGAAGCUGCCAGCAGCCGGCAAGAGGUGAGUGCCGCCAGCCUGGAGGUGCCCACUUUGUCGGCCACAAGACGCCUCCCGACCGUGAGUGCGAAUAAAGGCGUGAGCUUCUGGAGAC